AUCGCUAAACAAGUAGUCGAGUAUUAAUAAGUAUGAGGCGAAUAUAUAAGAUGGAAAGCAGGGAACGAACGAAGUGGGAUGGCGACUCACAGGCCGAGUUCUUCGAAGCUCUUGAUGGAGUAUAGAGGGUUGUUUGGGUCCGCCUGGAGAUCACUCAGCUGGACGUUGACGGUGUAUUCAGAGUCACGAAGCAUCGAGGCUCCAGUCCGGUAGGCAGCACCAUCUGUUUGGGCAUCUUCAACGCCUCCUGAAGACUCUUCUGGUUUCGUGUCAACUUCCUUCCCCUUGGGCUCUGCAAACGAAGCUCUCUCUGCAAGAGGGGUACCAGCUGCUGGAUUUUCGGACGCCAUCGUCAGGAUGUGCGCGCGGUUUCGAAUGCUGUUGAUCGAUUUCGGAGGUGGUUUGAAAGAUGUCGAGGGCGCCGAACGCAAAUUAGAGAAGUGUUGUUCUUUUUAUUGAUUGAGCCAGCAAUGUUGAUAACAGCCCGCGUGAAGAAAUUGUUUAUCGUGUCGCGGGGGAGAUUGGCAAGCUGGGUAUAGUUAUUGAAAAUGCCGCCAAACGUCGAGGCAGCGUAGCUGGGAGACAGCUGCAGCAAGACGAGACUAUCUUGACGUUAGAAAUAUCUUCUUGCACCGUCGAAUGAUUCCUCGACAGCGUCUUUUGGCGUUUUUGUCUCGUCUUCGUCUUUUUGCUGCUGAAGUUGAGGGAGCUUAAAGAUGUCCUGCUUAGUCAUGAACCAAGCUGCAAAGCAUGGCAGGUGAUAGAACGAAUUUCAUUGGUUACUUUAAUAAGUGAGAGCUCUCCCGUUGGCGGAAUUUUGGGCGUUUAUCACCUGACCACAUGGAAAUUCAUAACUACAGUCUGCUGACUCAUCAAAUAUAUCUAUUUCCCACCGCGAGAGCUGUAGAAGACAUUGAGAUGUUCUUGAUAUCUAAAAAGUCUUAAGAGAAGGGCAGGAAGCAGUUGGACACGAAGAGGAAUGGUGAUGGCCUGGCCGCUGCUAAGCCUCUUCUCUUUCUGCUUCAACUAUGGAAUCCUUUCCUUCGGUGGCAGCUAGCUAGUUAUCAUUCAACUACUUAAUAGUUAAUGGCGGGCGACAUUGAGAAGGAAGCCUAGGGUAUCCCAGCACAAUAGCGGAGGUCACUAUAUGUUCCCUUGCUCCCUCAAGAGUAUCCGUAAAUAUACGGAGGAGAGUAGAUAAACGGGUAUGAUCAGGUUCUUCUUUUUCUUCGGCGGCUCCCUGCCAGCAAGACCAUAUCCCGGCCAGUUAGCCGUGUAGCCCAGCAGUAGAGAGACUGCUUUACAGGCUGUACUCCGUAGAUAAUGCCUAAUAUUAUCCAACACAAAUGGAUCUCCUUUGUCCCCAGUUUGCAGCCCGAUCUGAUUACGUAUUUAGUUUGGUUGCUCUGGGUGUGGCUUGAAGGCCGUCGAAAGUGGCUGCUGGGCUUCGCAUGGUUUACUAGUUGCGACCAGAACAACCAACCACCAGAAGGCGACGAAGAGACACAAGACAGCAAGAAGAGGACAAGACGAGAGGAAACAACUGUAUACAGCUCCAGCAGAUGCUAGCUAUGCAUGCUCCCCCCUGCAGCUCUGCUCUACCGGGUGCUUUCUAUGCUCGCUGGGCCGCUGAUCUCUGAAUCCCUCACAUAAACAGAGAUAUUGACUCGACUAGAUCCUAAUAGAAUAACAAAUUCAUGAGUGAUGGCGGACACGGUUAACCCGCAGUUCGGCACAGAGCUCAAGGUAAGUCGCUUCGAGUCUUACCGAGUUCGAGGCUGGUAGCUGAUUGCUGUGGACAGGAUGCCUUUAAGCCCGUCAACGCCUGGGUUUCCGUCGGUAUAAACUGGCUAGACGAGAUACAGCAGUUCUAUCGUGACCGCAGCGUUAUCGAAAAAGAGUACGCAGCCAAAAUAACCGCCCUCUGUCGCAAAUACCAUGACCGCAAGUCGAAGAAGUCCAGUACACUUAGUGUCGGAGAUACCCCCGUUAUGACGCCCGGAUCGCUCGAGUCUGCUUCCCUGACGACUUGGUCAACACAACUAUCCGCCUUGGAGGCAGAGGCCGCGGCUCGGGACAAGUUUGGAGCUGACCUGGUCUUCCGGGUUGCGGAGCCGCUCAAGCAGGCUGCAGGAAGGCUGGAAGAGUUGCGCAAGAACCAUUCGGAUUAUGCGGGGAAGCUGGAGAAAGAGAGAGAUGCAUCGUAUGCCGAUUUGAAAAAGAGCAAAGGGAAAUACGAUGGGGUCUGCCAGGAGGUCGAGAAUAAAAGAAAGAAAGUAGAGAGCUCGUUUGACCAUGGAAAGCAGAAAGCUCAGCUCUCAUAUCAAAAUCAGAUCGCGGAGAUGAAUAAUGUCAAGAAUACGUAUCUAAUUGCUAUAAAUGUCACGAAUAAACUAAAGGAGAAAUAUUACCAUGAAUAUGUACCGGAAUUGCUUAAUGUAAGCCAUGACUCCAGUUUAGACUGACUACUUUUGCUAAUGCCAGUAUAGGGCCUACAGGACUUGAAUGAAACGAGGGUGAAUAAGCUGAAUGCCAUUUGGACAUUGGCCGCAGAGCUGGAGAAGGCCACAUUAGCCCAGGGUAACGAACAGGUCUCACACAUCCUGUCCGAGAUUCCACGCAAUGAACCCCGACUGGAUUCGAUGAUGUUCAUGCGCCACAAUACAGCUCACUGGCAGGAACCACUAGACAUGCAGUUCGAACCCAGCCCUGUCUGGCACGAUGAGCCCACGAUGGUCAUUGAUGAGCCAGCCAAGGUGUUCCUCCGCAACUUGCAGAGCAAGAGCAAGAGCCAGAUGAAAGAGCUCAAGGCCGAAGCAGACAAGAAGAGACGGGAAGUCGAGAACGCAAAGAAGGUUCGGCAGAGUAUCCGCGACGGUACCGAUAAGCGUGACGAGGUCGAGAUCGUGCGAGCUAUGUUUGCCUUGCAGGAAGACCUCCAUCUACUUGACCGGAAACGACUGACAGGUGAGAUCGAAGUAUCAACCGUCUCCGUAGUAGGUGACCUGUCACUGGGAGCAAAGAACCAUAACUUCCGGGCGCAAACCUUUAAGAUUCCUACUAACUGUGACCUGUGCGGUGAGAGAAUCUGGGGACUCUCGGCCAAGGGGUUCGACUGUCGAGAUUGUGGCUAUACAUGCCAUAACAAGUGCGAGAUGAAAGUGCCCGCCGAAUGUCCCGGAGAACAGACAAAGGAGGAGCGGAAGAAGCUGAAGGCUGAGAGACAGGAGCAGGCCAAUGCGACCCCAGCAACACUGCCGGACAUUAGUCCGCGCAUUUCGACGCCGAGCACGGCUGAGCUACCAGCUUUAUCGAGACGAGAUACUAUGAACUCAUUGAGUUCAGGGUACUCGUCCAAUGCCAUUAACAAAUCUACAUCUGCGUUGUCUAUCAGCCAGCCUGCCAAUGGUGGGUCGGCUUCAACAUCGCCGGCGAUAGCUGAGCUGCCAGACUCUACUGCUGCUGCUGCUGCCGUCGCAAAGAAGCCGGCCGUAGCUGCUCCAAGGAAGAACAGGAUAUUAGCCCCUCCUCCAGCGCAAUAUGUGAGUGCAUCGCCUGCACCAUCUGCUAACAACACCAAGGAAAACCCCACCGAGCCAGGCGGGAAGAUGAUGUAUGCAUAUCAGGCCAACGGGGAGGAUGAGAUAACAGUAGACGAGGGGCAGGAUGUCGUCGUCGUCGAACCAGAUGGUACACCUUUCUUUGCUUGCAUUAUUUCUUUCUCUCUGUUCUUUGUUGUCAACUAACAGGAGUAGAUGGCUCUGGCUGGAUGCGAGUGAGAGCCAACGGACAAACCGGCCUGGUCCCGGCAUCCUAUGUCGAACUAUCACCAACGCCCGCAGCAUCACCCAACCCCAACGGCAGCGGUAGCGCUGCCACUGACAACGACAACGGCCGUCCAGAGUCAA